GGCUGCGCAACCCAUCUGUCUCAGACACUCCCCCAGCACGCGGGUUUGGAGUUAGCGUGGGGACAAGCCAGCCCAUCUGUGCCUGAAGAGGGGACUCCACGUGGCUCUCUCCUCCUGUCUUCUGCUGCCUGGUGCCCAGUUUCUCCCUUCUCGUUCUGCCCUGGUUCGUGUCACCUCCAAGUCGUCCUUCAGCCCAACGUGGGCUGGAAGGCUUAUGUUUCUGACUUCUGAAUUUGUUUGACCUCUCACCAGGCAGGGCUGGUCACCUGGCACAUAUCUGCAGCAGGCCCCAGAGCUGGCUCGUGCAUGACAGACAACUUCCAGUGUCUUACCAGUGGCUACUGUGUGCCCUUCUCCUGGCGCUGCGAUGGGGACCGGGACUGCUCUGAUGGCAGUGACGAGGAGGAGUGUAGGAUCGAGCCAUGUGCUCAGAAUGGGCAGUGCCGUCCACUGGCUGCCCUUCCUUGCUCCUGUGAUAACAUCAGUGGUUGCCCUGCUGACUUUGACAAGAAACUUCUCAACUGUGGCCACCAGCCCUGUCAGGAGGGCGAGCUGCAUUGCAUGCUGGGUGAUGUCUGUAUACCACACACCUGGCGCUGUGAUGGCCACUCAGACUGUCCCGACUCCAGUGAUGAGCUCAGUUGUGUGAUGCCUGGGCUUAUUGCAGACACUGACAUAGACACAGACAAGAUCUUCCAGGAGGAGAAUGCCACAACAACAAGGACUUCUAUUACCCCGGAGAAUGAGACUUCUUUCAGAAAUGCCACAGUUGCCUCUGCUGGGGACCCAUCCCGAAACCCAAAUGCCUACGGGGUUAUUGCAGCUGCUGGGGUGUUAAGUGCUAUCCUGGUUUCUGCCACACUCCUCAUAUUGUUACGACUCCGAAGUCAGGGUUACCUGCCCCCGCCGGGACUGUUGGUGGCAGUGAAGGAGUCCCUGCUGCUGUCAGAAAGGAAAACAUCACUUAUAUGAGGACUCAUGGUCACCGCCUGGCCCUGAGUACAGUCAGACUGGACAAAGCCACAGUGGGACACGCAGGUAGCUGCUGGCUUCUCAGCUUCGAGACCUGGACUCUUUUGGUCACAGAAAACUUUGAUUUUAAGCUUCUACAGAUGUGGUCCUAGAGACUGGGGCUCCUCAGAUACUCCCUUUGUAUGUGGACCGCUUGGAUGGAGAAUUGCCAUAGUCAGGAUUGAGGGGCCAGCCCCAGGAUGAUCCUAAGAAAUGGAGCUACCCUGUUUUAGACACUCCUGCUGCUCACAUUGAUGGGUGGCCAUUAAAGUUCCUUCAUCUCCUC